AGCUUGUUUCCUGCUAGUAGAUUUUGUGAAAGGACACCAUGGGGGUUAGAAAGGGAGGAGUAGCUUGGUGGCAGAUGGAAUUACCAUCCCUCCUGAUUGGCUCGCCUUUCUCCUUUACUCCUGCCCAUUCAUCACUUCUGCAGGGUUGUGUCUUCCUGACAACCAACACUCCCAUUGUAAAGUUUUCAGUCCAAGCACACUGGAUCCUCCACAAGCACAGAUUAAGUUGGCCUCUUGACUAAAAGCAGACAAGGAACAAAGGGGUAACAGAAUGCAAAUUGUAGCCCUGGUGGGUGUAAUAACCGCCUUCACUUUGGCUCUGCCUGUUCUGCCUAAGAAAGAUGGAAAGAUGAAGAAAGAGAAGCACAACAUUGGCCUGAUCGCUGAUGACAACCAAGACCUCAACAACCACGAGCUCAACCUGGACAAUUACGGAGAAGUCAUUGAUCUUAGUAAUUAUGAGGAGAUCUAUAAUUAUGGGGACCUGGCAUCAAAGAUUGAGGUUGGCACAUUGGCCCCUCACAUCGUGAGCGUGGCAGAAUCUGUGAGCACAACAACAGAGGUUCCAAUAACAGAGGUCCCCCAAAAGAGUCCGACAAACUCCAUCCUAGCCACACCAGAGGGACCAGAUCUUUUUCCUUCCAUAACAAAUGAGGGUCUUCCUACCUGCUUGAUCUGUGUGUGCAUCAGCACCUCAGUGUACUGUGAUGAUACCAAUUUAGAAAGUAUUCCUCCUUUGCCCUUGGAGACCACAUACUUCUACGCUUGUUUCAACCGGAUCACUAGGAUUGGAGCCAAUGAUUUCUCUGGACUUGCAAAACUAAAACACAUUGACCUGACAAGCAACUUUAUGUCUUCAGUGGAUGAAGAUUCCUUCCGGCUGCUGCCCUCUUUAGAAGAACUGGUCCUCCCAGAAAACAAGUUGAUUUCCUUGCCAGAGUUGCCCGGCACCAUAGUGCAGUUGGAUGUCAGGUUUAACACGAUCCAGAGUGCAGGUAUUCAACCUGAAGCCUUCAAGAAUCUGAAGAAACUGCAGUUCCUUCGUCUGUCUGAUAACAAAUUGGAUUAUAUCCCAGUGCCUCUACCAUAGGGACUGAGAUCUUUACAACUACAGAACAAUAACAUCCGGACCAUGCAUGCAGACACAUUCUGUGACCACAGAGACCCCAGCCACAUCCGCAGGGCCCUGGAGGACAUUCGCUUAGAUGGCAACCCCAUCAACCUGAGCCUCUUCCCUGGUGCUUAUUUCUGCUUGCCUCGCCUGCCAACAGGCCACUUCUACUGAACCAAAGCAACCCUCUGCCUCCAGCUGGCAUAGCAAGCCUAGGAGGCCACUAUGCAAUCAAAAUCAAGAAUAGCUUUCCAGAGAGCAUGGUCCCUGCAUUAAUUAAUUUCACCACCAGCUGGGUAUUGAUGCUGUUGGACUGUUUUCCUAGCUUCCCCCCUCACUUAGGCUCUUUGAGGGAGGAGUGCCUGGGACUUGACUG